AUGUUGAAGGGUGUCAAGCAACUGUGGCCUUCCUCAUCGCACAACCAUAAUCAUUCAGAACGCGAAGCAACAUCCUCCCCAACGCUGUCACCUUCACAAUCAUUCGCAAGUCUUGGUGGACCUGCUGACCAAGCGACACCAAGAGCAUCCGCACAUCCAACUGCCAAUCCAUUCGACUCAACCAACGUGCAAUCGUUUAGUAGUCAAGGUGCAGGAAGCGGUUAUACACCAAGUGGCGGAUUGAGUCGUUCUACAGCUAAUCUAACACUUGAUUCUGGUCUCGGCAAAAGACCAGUGUCACCUGCUGUGGGAGGACAACCGGGUGCUGGUGGUGGACCAAGAACACCAACAAGUCAUGGUUUUAUGCCUUUACCUCUUGGUACACCAGGCGCAGGGCAACCCACAACAGGAGUAACAGUUGGUGAUAGUGUAGGAAUGAAUACUGGUAUGGGUUUCGGUUUACAUGAGCCACCCAAAAUGAGGAAAGCAAUGAGUAAACUCAAUGAUGGAUCAACAACACCUACAACUGUCCCAGAUUCUUUACCAGCACCACCUGAAAUAGAUCAGCCCAUGAAUGCCACCGCUGGGUCAUCGGCAGCUAACACUGGUGGCACUUCUACACCUCAACAUAGAGAAGGCGGUGGACCAAGAGGUACCCUUAAUGUUAAAGUCAUUUCGGCGAGAGGCUUGGCAGUCACUAAUUCACCCGGAGGUUCCCCACCUCAACCAUACGUCGUCAUCCAAUUCGAACAAAAUGAAUAUGUCUCUUGUCCUCCCCAUCAGACCACUUCUCACACUGCAGUUCCGUUCACCCAGUCCGUACCGCAACCAGUAGGAACCCCUGGAAAUUUGACUAGAAGCACCAGUGGUUUGGGUGUCGGAGCUAUAUCAAGAGCAUUCGCCGAUGCUGUCGGCAGGAGCAAGUCAAGGGGUGACGGCAGUGGAGCAAUGACACCCAGAGCUGAAGAACCAAGUAACGGUGGAAGCUGGCUUGGUAAACCUGGUCCAGGUGAUCCAGUGUGGAAAGAGGAAGUCAAUUUUGAUCUUACUUCUAAUCGAUCUGCUCUCCACGUAUCAGUAUAUGAUAAAGGUCGUGCGGGCGAAGGCUUUUUGGGAAUGUUGGAUAUCAAACCUGUUCUUCAAGAUGGCUUUACCCUUGAUAACUGGUAUAAAUUAGCUACCAGAGGGAAUGAACAUGUGACUGGAGAAAUCUGGAUCCAAAUGACUUACAAGAUGAUUAGGAAAUCAAUGUCACUUAAACCUUCUGACUUCGAAUUCCUCAAAUUGAUUGGAAAAGGAACAUUUGGACGUGUAUUCCAGGUGCGAAAGAAGGAUACACGACGAAUUUACGCAAUGAAGGUCUUAUCUAAGAAGGAAAUUGUCGCAAAGAAAGAAGUCGCUCAUACAAUUGGAGAAAGGAAAAUUCUUCAAAGAAGUCUUGAAUGUCCAUUCUUGGUCGGACUGAAAUUCUCCUUCCAAACGGAUAGAGAUUUAUACUUUGUAACAGAUUACAAAUGUGGUGGAGAAUUAUUUUGGCAUUUACAAAAAGAAGGACGCUUUAGUGAAGAUAGAGCUAGGUUCUACAUUGCAGAAUUGGUUUUGGCUUUGGAACAUUUGCACAAAUACGAUAUUGUCUAUCGUGAUCUUAAACCUGAAAACAUCCUACUUGACGCUACAGGUCACGUAGCUUUAUGUGAUUUCGGAUUGUCCAAACCUGACUUGACAGAUGAUAAGCUCACCAACACCUUCUGUGGUACUACCGAAUACCUUGCUCCGGAAGUUCUGCUUGACGAGAAGGGAUAUGGUAAACAUGUCGAUUUCUGGUCUUUAGGUGUAUUACUUUUCGAGAUGUGUUGUGGAUGGAGUCCUUUCUAUGCCGAACAGACCCAAGAGAUGUAUCGUUUGAUCUGUUACGGAAAAAUCCGAUUCCCUAAACAUGUUAUCGAUGAUGACGGUAAACAGUUUGUCAAAGGGCUACUCAACCGAAACCCUCAAAACCGAUUAGGUGCUCGAGCAGGUACAGCAGAGCUUAAAGAACAUCCUUUCUUCAAAUCUAUUGAUUGGGAUCUAUUAUACAAAAAACAAAUCACACCACCUUUCAAACCUAUUGUCGAUUCCGAUGAGUCUGUCGCAAACUUUGAUCCAGAAUUCACCAAUUCAUCUUUAAUCGAAGCUGGUAUCGUACCUUGGGAAGAUAAUGAAUCAAUUUCUGAUUCGCAAUCUUCACAAACUAGUAAACAUGCUUAUCUUGGUCCGGGAGGUUCAUUAAGCUCUGCAAGUCAUAUGAACGCUGGAAUGGCAAUAAAUAAAUCCCAAAGACCACCUUUACCAGGUGCAUCAGGAAGUCCAUUGACAAGUAGUGUACAAGAAAACUUUAGGGGUUUUACAUAUACCGGCGAGUCAUUAAUGCCUCACUCAAUGUUAGCUGAACAACAAAUGGAUUCGGAUGAUAGCGAUACUGAGAACGCUGUAGAUGACGAAGAUGACGAGGAUGAAGAGGAAGAGGAGGAAGAAUAUGAAGAUGAAGCAGAUGGUGAUGGGCUGAGAACAAGAAGACAAAGCGAUGUUGAGAUGGAUUGA